UUCCCCCGGAACCCCGGCAACAUCUCUUGUCGGAGCUGUCCCUCCUGGACCAGCCUGUUGGUAGCCGUAGAUCGCCCUUGAGGAGGAUGACUGAGUCAGUAUGGGCCACGCGCUGUGUGUCUGCUCUCGGGGGACUUUCGUCGUGGACAACAAGCGCUACCUCUUCAUCCAGAAACUGGGGGAGGGCGGGUUCAGUUAUGUGGACCUUGUGGAGGGCUUCCAUGAUGGACACUUCUACGCCCUGAAGCGCAUCCUGUGUCAUGAGCAGCAGGACCAGGAAGAAGCCCAACGGGAAGCAGACAUGCAUCGCCUCUUUGAUCAUCCAAACAUUCUUCACCUUGUGGCUUACUGUGUGAAGGAGAGGGGUGCAAAACUGGAGGCCUGGUUACUUCUCCCCUUCUUCAAGAGAGGGACGCUGUGGAAUGAGAUAGAAAGGCUGAAGGACAAAGGUAGCUUCUUGCCUGAAGAUCAAAUCCUCCAGCUGCUGAUGGGUAUCUGCAGAGGCCUUGAGGCCAUUCACACCAAGGGCUAUGCCCACAGGGACCUGAAACCCACCAAUAUCUUGCUCGGGGAGGAGGGACAGCCAGUUUUAAUGGAUCUGGGCUCCAUGAAUCAAGCUCGCAUCCAUGUGGAGGGCUCCCGCCAGGCUCUGGCCCUGCAGGACUGGGCUGCCCAGCGGUGCACUAUCUCCUACCGGGCCCCUGAGCUCUUCUCCGUGCAGAGCCACUGUGUCAUUGACGAGCGGACCGAUAUCUGGUCCUUAGGCUGUGUGCUCUAUGCGAUGAUGUAUGGUGAAGGGCCCUAUGACAUGGUGUUCCAGAAGGGGGACAGUGUGGCUCUCGCUGUACAGAACAAGAUCAACAUCCCACAGAGUCCCAGCCUCUUCUGUCCACAGGCACUCGGUAGCAAUGCGGCAACUGCUGACCUCAAUGAUGACUGUGGACUUCCAGCAGCGACCUCACAUUUCUCUCCUCCUCACUCAGUUGGAGGCCCUGCAGCCAUCAGCACCUGGCCAGCACACGACCCACAUCUAAGCAAGCCAGUGGCUAUGGAGAGGAUGGCAGCAGUGCUGUGACAUAGGUGCUGGCCUUGUGGCUGGCCUAGUCCCUUCUGCCCACUUGCAUGAGGGCAGAGGGAUACAGAGCAUCAUUUUCAUGCUCGCUUCUCCUUUUGCCCUGCCACUUCCAAGUUGAGGGGUUGGUGGAGGUGGGAAAGGCUCUGAGCGAGAUUGCUGAGCUCAUAUCAUGAUCUGUCUCCAAAUCUAGGAGCAGGAGAACGCAUAUAAACAAGAAUAAAGUGAAAGCACUUUUGGUA